AGCCAGGUUGGCUGAGUUUCUGCUGUUCACCGUUACGCCGCUCUGCUUCCAAGCUCCCCCUGAGAGAACAUCGCUUGUUGCAGCGAUGCGGGCGAUAGCAGGUCUCCUGACAGGCGCCUGGCUGACAGCGUUGGCUUUCGCGCGGACAGACGAUUGCUCGGGCAACGACAAUUACGAUACAAAAGAUGACGAGCAGGCUCUCCUUCAGCGCAUGCAUCAAACGAUCUUGCAGCACAAGACUGGCCAGACGGCUAAAACUGCCGGCGCUGCUGCUUGGACCCUUGCGACCAGCAGGGCCACCUCGAGUGCUAUGUGGGCAGAGGCGGCGGCGGCGGCACCACCAGAGGCUGCGCCAGCCUCGAGAACAUGGGCACCCAUUUCACCAUCGACGUGGACGUGGGCACGUUUGCCCAGAGGUUCAGCGUCGCCGCGGACACCGGGAGCAACUCACUGAUCGUCCCGUCGUGCGUGUGCGAGGGCAAGGGCCAGUGCAGCAAGAAGGACCAGUGCUUCCGAGGCACGAACAAGUCCUCGACCUUCUCUCUGGAGGUGGACGAGGAGGAGAAGCUGGUCUCCAUGGUCCUGUCCUUCGGCAGCGGGCAGAUCCAGGCCAUUGUGGCUCAGGAGCAGGUGAGCGGUGGCAAGAUCUCCCGGCACCUCGGCCUGCUGCUGAUGAGGGAUCGCGCCUUGCAGAUCUCUGGGCCCUUCGAGGGCAUCCUGGGCCUGGGCUUGCCCCGGCCGGCCACGAACUGGACGCAGAUCGAGGAGCAGGAGCAGGUGAUGCGCAAGAUCCUGGACACGGCCGCGGCGAACGCCAAUAGCACUACGGCGAGCGCCACGGCUUUGAAGACUCACAAGCCACAUCACCGCGACUCGCUCAAGGGGUUCCUUGAGCAAGUAAACAUCCCCCGCUUCUCGAUGUAUUUCAACGACGGCGCGGCCGGCGUCCUGCGCAUCGGGGGGGCGCCCAUGGGCAAUGGCAGCCACGGGGGCCCGGGCACCGCGCGCCUGGGGCGCCGCUUUCCGCGGCACCUCUCCGUGGGCAGUGCGACUGCCACGCCCGUGGACUUCUGCCGCGACUCGGACAUGGCCGAGGGCCAGAAGCCGCCGUGCGGGGCCAUGCCUGACUCCGGCGCGGCCCUGCCGAUGGGCCCCGCUCCGCAGAUCGGGAAGCUGCGC